UGGGAACGUUAUCAAUGAGUAUUUCGUUUGUGUUAUAUGAUGGUCUUAUCAUUAACACUAUGCACAAGAUUGCCAUAUUAUGAGUUUCCAUUUUAACGGGUACUUUUUGUUGGCACACUUCUGAAUUAAAAUAGUAAUUUGUUUAACUAUUUACUGCUAUUCUAGAAUCUAUCGCCUUCAUUAUACGUCUAUUUGUAAGAAGUAUAUUAAAAAGACAACGUUAAAGAAAUUGCGGUUCGUAAGCUACCUACUGCUCUUUGAUCGGUAUCCAGCUAUAGGUUACACAAACAUCUUCAGGUAUUCACAAAAAAAACAUGUUAUUACCAGUGAUUAAAUAAAUAUAAUAGUAAUACCAGAUACCAGCCUCUAUAUGUUCCAUGAGGUACAGGCCUCUUCAUAUAGAGAAGAUGUUUACAUUUACCAUCAGGCUAACUCACUGUGGACUGGCAAUGGCAAAUUCGAUUAUUUCGAGUCCAGUCUGCACUUAAUUAUAAUUGUCGACUCCGGGUAAAAUACCUUACCACCUGACAACAUUAUUACUGAAGAUAAGAAAUAUAUUACUUCAAAAAUAAACAGCGGGUGUGUUAAAACAUACAUGUGUGAUAAAAUAAUAAGUUAUCAGUGAAAUUAAUAGUGCCAAAGGAUACGAUACACUUGAAAACAUGUCUUUUGAAAAUAAAGUCGUUUUAGUUACUGGUUCGGGAAGUGGCAUUGGAGAGGCUACUGUAAAGGAAUUUGCCAAAAACGGUGCGAACGUUAUUAUUGUAGAUAUAAACAAUGAAAGGACUGAAAACGUAGCUGAAAUAUGUAAGCAAUUCGGCAAUAAAGUACUCGGUAUAACUGCAGAUGUUACCAAAUUUGAAGAAGCAGAAAAUAUUUUGAAGGAAACAAUUGACACAUUUGGACGACUUGAUAUCUUAAUUAAUAAUGCGGGUAUUCUAGGUCAGCCAAGCAGUAUUCUUCAAGGAACUAUAUUGGACCAAUAUGACCAUAUUAUGAACACAAAUCUACGAUCAGUAGUAGUGAUGACGACAUUAUUUGCUCCUCAUUUAAUAAAAACAAAAGGUUGUAUAGUAAAUAUUUCGAGUGUUGCAAGCACGGAUACUAGAUGUGGUAAAGCCUUUCCUGCUUGUUGUAUCGCCAAGACUGGUUUAGACUCUUUUACCCGUUUAUCAGCAUUAGAAUUUGCAUCAUCAGGCGUGCGAGUGAAUUCCGUAAACCCUGGACCAGUCCGUACAAACCUGAUGGCUGACUCCGGAAUUUCUGGUGAUUGGGAAAAAGUUGGUGAGAAAACAGCUCUGGGCAAGACUGCGGACCCUGAAGAAGUCGCUAGUUUAAUAGUGUAUGUUUGCAGUGAUAGGGCUACAAGUAUUACUGGUGUAACCUAUGUUAUAGAUAACGGAAUGGCACUGAUAAAUCAUUGAGAGUUGCUUUGACUUAAUAUUAAUUUACAUCCAGCAUUAUAUUAUGAUACAUUUCA